AUGACGACGUCUACGAACCCGACGCUGGCCGAGCAGCUGGCUGCUGCUGCAGCCGCAAGUCGCGAGCCGACCCUGGGCGAACUGUUCUUGCGAGGUGCGGGGUCGGUCCAGGGCGAUAUUCAGUCGUUCCUGCGCCAGCUGGCCACAAGCCCGCAGGCCGCCUCUGAGGCCGAGAAGGAACGCGAACGGAGGGAGAAGCGCGGUCUCCGCAAGCGCAAGCGACAGCUCAUGGCCGCCUCCGCCGCCAAGACCGCCGCGGCCGCGGCCACCUCCCCGCCCGCUCAGUCGCGAAAGAACGGAAGCGGUCCGUCUUCGGCUUCUUCGAAGAAAGCGAAAACGACAAAGAACGAAAGCGACAGACCACGACAAGCGAAGACCGCAGCGAACUUGGCCUCGGCGGCCCCGACACCGGUCCACCCCAGGCCUACAACGGCCCCAGCCGCGACCACCACCUACCCGCCGUCGGCCCCGACCACGCACCAGCCGUGGCCCGUAAGACCUCCGCCGCCCGUGCCGACGACCACGACGACGCGCCAUCACUCGCUGCCGCUCAUCUGCGCCGAUGCGCAGUGCGACUGCAGCGGCGUGCACGACCCGGCCGCCGUGUCGACACAGAGCCUGUGGAAGUCGCGCGAGUUCGAGCACAGCCCCAACACCAAUAACACCUACCUCGUGCCCACGCUGGCGUCAUCUUCGUCAUCGUCGUUCCUUGUCGACCCGUCCAUCUCGCCGCACUUGCCCUCGGCCUCUUCGUCGUCGUCGUCGUCGUCGACGCUGUCCUCGCCCGUCUUCUCGUCGACUACCACAUCGACGUCGAACUCGAUGUCGCUGCCGCCGGUCCUGUCGUGGGUCGACAGCUUCUUCAGCUCGCUGGGCGAGAUGGCCGACCUGGUCGAGCCCAGCAGCAGCAGCGGCUGCAUUGCGAUGGCUCCACCCUGCGCCACCACUUCCACCACCACCUCUUCCACACUACUCUCCUACUCCUCCGCUCCGUCGCUCCGCCACCUCUACCCGGCCAUCGAUGAUUGGCCCAGCCCGCACUACCCCAACCACCAGCACCAGCCCCAACACCAUCACCAUCAACCCGACUACACACCACAGCGCAGCCCAAUCACCGACCUUCUCUACUCGUCAACGUCGUCGUCAUCUUCGUUGCAUCACGCGCCUACGUGGCAAAGCGAGUCGUGGAGCAGCCCACCAGCACCACCACCACGUGAUCAACACACCACCGCGGGGUGCGAUUGCUGCCCUGCACCGCUGGCGGUUGCGGUUGGCGUGAGUUCGCCCUAUCCUCCGGGCUGGUCCUGGCUUAGUGGUGGUGGUUGGUGA